CUUUUUCUUAAAUGUCCUUGAGAGCGCGAACGUACAACUGCUUCUCCUUCACCAUUGCUGCAUUCUGUACGGAGCGGUUGACGCGAUGGGGACGGUUGCCAUGAGCGGAACAGGCAGCACGUUGCUCCUUGUCUGCGCUGCAAUGACGAGCCUCUGGGGUUGGGGAGAUGCAGCCCUGACGCCUUGGUGCAGCGUCGUGGACACCGCCCUGGUGGGUUGGAAUGUCUCCUCGAUCCAUACCAGGACGCAUAAGCUGUGCCACGUUGCUUGCCUGGAAUCAGCCAAUUGCUCUUCGGCCAACUACUGGUGGCAGAGCAAAGUCUGCGAGUUGAACACCUUGUCGCACCAGAGCGUGUCCGAAAGUCACCUGGUCAAGGCGUCGGGGUCCAUCUAUACCUUUGCUGAUCAGAUGACUGGAUGCACCUUUGCUUCACACCCGAGUAUUCACUUCACUGGACGCAAACAUUGCGGUACACGAGACCCCAAGUGGCAAUUGGUGUUUAAAGGCGUCGCUGGAACUGGAGCAAAAUUGUACAAUAUGUGGACCAACGAGAACUGGGACCCGAGCGUGGAGAUCAGUGGGAGUUGCCGGGACAAUGACCUUCACAGAGCUUGGCGCAACGGGCAGCUAAAUGUAAAACAGGUCAAGCUUUCCUUGCAUAACAGCACAGGGGAGACAGCUGAGUUAAUAUUCAAUGGGACUGGGUCAGACAUCAGGAAUUGGUUCAGGCAGGACAGACUCACAUCAUCCCCGUGGGAUGAUCUCAGCUCUUCUUCGCUCUUUGGAGGCUCUGUUAACUAUUUCAGCAUCGAGGGUCACGGUCAAGUGGAUCGGCGAUUCUUCAUUAACAGCAACUACGGCGGUUGUAAAAUUGAUAAAGGCUGGUUGGUUGUGACCGAGUCAAAUUCACAUGGAUCAUGUUGUUGGGAGCAACGCAAGUCAGAGUAUCCCUACCCAAUCAUACUCUACAGCAGAGGGAACAAGUCGGUGGUGUGGAAUAAUGUGUUGUCCAAUAAUGGAACGGUUGGAAGAGCGGACAGCAUGACAAUCCACAUCGAUUUCGAACACGCCUGAUCCCAAACACUGUUCGCUGGGCUGGUCCGUAGAGAGGGGGUCAGGUGAAGAGCUAGAGGCCGCAAAACUAGAAAAACCUCUAAUGGGAAGCUAAACCUCUUAAUGAUGCGAGUUUCAAGUUCCUCUCAGUGUUUUCCAUCUUGUGAACUUUAACCUUUUGGGGGCUGACAAAAGAAUAAAAAGGGGUGGGGUUGGGGCUUAUAUAUGGCUUACUGAAGGACCUUGUCAAAAAUUUAGUUUAUUUCUUGGCAUCUUACUAUAGUUUGAAUGGAAAGCACAUUCAUAGACAGCUUGUGGUCGUCGAGAUUACGGUAUUUAAGUUGAAAUAUUCCAGAUUGUAAAUUUUGCACCCAAAAUUGUAAACUUUGGCUGCCACACGUAAGUGCUUGGCUGCUACCACAUGGCGUAGGGCACAAGGAAAACUUGGUGGGCCGCCAGGCGACUUCUGAAGGUUCACGAUUCCUUACCUUUUUCGGGUCGGGCUGCUGACGAACUGUGAUUCAGUACGGAUAAUCGUGCCGUCAAUCUGUAUUGCACUUUGAAAUUUCGCAGCAUAUACUUUUCAAUUGAACAUAAAUGGUACAUGCAUUCUUCUGCAUAUUCAAAUAACAGUCGAAAAGGAAAAAUCGAACGUCUUGGUGACAUUGAGGCACUUGUGCGAUUCAUUAUUUUCGCAUGGACGACAUUGUGUGUUAGUUUUAGUAACAAAGUGAUGGCACACGCUUAUUGAAGUCUCCACAGCAGUUUGGUAAAAUGCACCACACGAGUGUAAAUAUGAAUACCUGGGCAGCAUGCAUUUUAAAAGUAGGUUCGUCGAAUAAACGAGGUUAUUGUGACCAGACGUGAAUUUUAGGCCGCCCCUAGGGGUAGGGUGGUAGGUCCAUCCUCCGUAUUGGACGAUGAGACACGAAGAAUACUCCCCCAAGGAUGAGUCGGACACCGGAUAUGCUAUCAAGUAUUUAUUCUAAGUGGGUCAUCAGUCUCAUCUCAGCACUGGAGUUUGCGCCUGAAAAUAAAUCCUGUAUGUAAAAUAUUUAUAUAAUUGUUUAAACUAAAGAAAUAUUGCAUACAAUUUAGUCAUACAAUAGUUAUUAUUCUCGAAGUAACAAAAGUGGUCUGCAAAACAUGUAAUUGAAAUAUAACAAGUGCACUUUGAUAAAUUACCCCGGUGUGGUAGCUCAGACAGUGACGGGUUCGAGCUAGGUUUGCUGGCGUCAGCCUAAGCAUAUAUGCAAUUAAGCCCCCCAAAGUCUCGAGCUGCUGUCAAAACACAAUACAGUACACAUUCAAGUACAGGAAUAUAAACGACACCAAUAACAACAUCCAUCAGCAUAUGUACAUGCAGUUGUAAGGGGAACGUACAUUGUAUAAUUAUAGAAAGCCCACUCUUGACAUAAAAGUUUAACCACGGAAAAUGUUGUCAUGCCCCACCGAUGCAAAGUGCAGUCCCACGUAUGCGCUGUACUGUAAUAAACAGCGCGUCCGUUACACACGAGGUCUACCAUGCACAGUAGAUGCAAUGUGACAUGUCUUGUUUAUACGUAACGUGUCAGGCAUAGAAAUCUAUUGUGAAGGAAUCCCACGAAUAGGAUUAAGAAAACACUCCCAAAAUGACUUAAAAUACCAUAAGCCUCAAGUAUAAUACUAACUCAAAUGCUCUUUGGCGAUCAGUGGUCACGAUGACACCAGUGUAAUAGGGGUACGUAACCUAGAAAGGGUACUGAAAGCAAGGAAUUUGGGGACAACUUUCCUACCUGGGCGUUGCUCAGCUCGCAGUGGCGAUAAAAUACCGCACUCUGGAAAAUCUGUAUUGACUGUACAUAUACAUGAGGUACACAAUUUGCACAGAUAAUUCAGUAAUUGAAAUUAUUAAAAAACGAAGACAAUGUAGUUAUGAGAUCUGCACCCAGAAAAGUAUUUACAGAAGGAAACUUAAGUCGCAGUGUCCUUCCAUGCUUCAGAAGAGUGAAUUUAAUUCUGCACUAAGCACUAUUCAGGUGCAAAUAAAAUUAUCUGGUGCAUCUGUUACUGAUUUCCAAUAAAAAGCAACGUUUUAUCCUAACACUUUGGGACUUUUUUUCGUCACGGUCGGGAAUCACUCACGUGGUGAAAUAUGACACUGUUUAUUUUCUGCCAUGGAGAUGUUUAGAUAUUUGCAGUGAAACUGUAGCCUCGUAGCCCAAUACUGUUGUCGCCGUACCCCUUUCUCAUUUCACCUGCUACUCUUGGGCGGCUAAGGUUUGCAGAAACUAUACCCUUGGCUGUGGCAGAUUUUAUCCUUUCACCUAAAUGUUCAUUUUGGUGUUUUGAUAGCUGCAUAAGAAUCUUGAACCUUUCCCUAGCGGCAGGUAAAGGUUUUUAGGUUCACCAGCAACUGUAUGGUAAGCAAAAAAAGGAGGAAACCCUACAGUGACACUGGCACAUUGUCGUUUGCGUGGUGUUUCUUUGUAAUAUAGCAUAUUUCUUUAAAUCAAGUAUUUAGCUUGGGGAUCAAAAUAGUGUAGAAAUAAAUUAUCUGAGACUUAA